AUGGAUACUUACACUUGUAUAGUCGUUAUCAUCUGCAUAGCCUUGUUUGCAAUCAAUCUAGUGUUUUCUUGUUUCACUUGCUUCUCCAUUCUACAUAGCUGCAUGACACAGGCAGACCAAGACUUGAAUGAACUCAGUGAGAAUCUUAUCGAACCGCAAGAACCUAACCCAGAGGAGAACGUAAUCAUCAUCGCAGCUUCAAGUAACCAAGGAUUCUCUGACUCCAUCGAUGAUUGUGGCCCAGAUUGCUCUCAUGAAAUUUGUGCUUGUUGA